UUGCUUCUUUAUCAAGCCAUGCAACGAUAUUUUUCAACUGUGGCCAAAAGCUACCUAACUUCAUCCAAAAUCCUCAGUCGUCGUAACAAUAUCCGAUCCAUAUCACGCCAAUGUGAUGUCUUCAUAAACCACCGUGGUGCAGACACGAAACGUAACAUCGCAGGAUUGCUUCAUGACCAUUUUUCUAGAAUAGGUCUUCACUCAUUUUUAGAUAGUAAGAGCAUGAAACCGGGGGAUAAAUUGUUUGGUGAGAUUGAAGAAGGUAUUCGGAGUUGUAAGGUUGGGAUCGCGGUGUUCUCGCCGCGGUAUUGUGAGUCAUAUUUUUGUUUGCACGAACUUGCCCUAAUGAUGGAGAACAAAAAGAAAAUUAUUCCAAUUUUCGUUGACGUUCGACCGUCUCAACUUCGUGUUGAAUACAACUAUAGCUGUCCCAAGAAAGAGUUGCAAAGGUUCAAUUGGGCACUUGGGGAAGCCAAAUACACUGUUGGACUCACUUUCGACACUGUUAACGGGGAUUGGUCGGAGCUGUUGAGGAAAGCUUCAAACGCCGUGAUUGAUAAUCUUAUCGUCGGUGGAGGGGCCGGAGAGAUGCCGGAUAAUUAG